AUGGCGGAAACAUGCAAAGCUCCGGAUGGUAGUGAUAUGUGGACAUUUGGACUGGAUACCAAAUCGACAAUUUUCAUAGCCUUGAUUCUUGCGCUUGAUGAGAAGGAGUAUAGGGAAAGUAGAGAAAAGAGGAGAGAUAGUGAUGAUUGGGAGAAUGUGGAAUCUGAUGUGACCAAAACUGGAGGGAUUGGGGAUAAGGAAUGGGAUGGGAUUGUUGGAUUCUUCCACCCUUUUUGUAAUGCUGGAGGAGGUGGUGAACGUGUUCUGUGGGCUGCAAUUCUAGCAACUCAAAAAAGAUGGCCCAAUGCGAAAUGCAUCGUCUACACUGGAGAUCAUGAUGUGGAUAAGUCGCAGAUUAUUGCUAGAGUAAAGGAUCGUUUCAACAUUCAACUCCAUCCACCAACGAUUACCUUCCUUUAUCUCACAACCAGACAUUGGGUUUUGGCUUCGACUUGGCCUCAUUUCACUCUUCUAGGACAAUCGAUUGGUUCCGUUAUACUUGCAUGGGAUGCGUUCUCUCUAGUUGUGCCGGACAUAUUUGUGGAUACAAUGGGUUACGCAUUUGCACUUGGAUUUAGCAAGAUUUUGUUUUCCGAAGUACCUACUGGAGCAUACGUACAUUAUCCUACAAUCUCGACAGAUAUGCUGGGAUCCCUGGAUCCUACAUCCGCCACCGGAAAGGAAGGAGUGAAUGCUGGAAAAGGGAAGGGACUGAGAGGAGAGGCAAAGAAGCUUUAUUGGAACAUAUUUGCGCAAUUUUACACCUGGGUCGGAGCAUCUAUAGAUGUAGUUCUCACAAACUCAAAUUGGACACUCGAUCACAUCACAUCGCUAUGGGGAGAAUGGCGUCGCGACCUAAAGAAGCCUACCGCAACAGCAGUCUUUCCUCCGGUUGCCGUCGAAGAGCUCGAGGAGAAGAUUACAGUAGACGCGGAAUCAGAAUCGAGACGUCUACCAGAUCUUCUUUAUAUCGCUCAAUUCCGUCCUGAAAAGAACCAUCAACUAAUUUUAAGCGCCUUUGCCGCCUUCAAAGCUACCAAAUCUCGCGCAGCCGAAGGCUCAAAACUUAUUCUCAUUGGCAGCGUUCGCGACGACUCUGAUUCAAAACGUGUAUAUCAAUUACGGUUGUUAGCAAAUGAAUUACAGAUUAAGGAUGAUGUUGAAUUUCACUUGGAUGCGCCUUGGCCGGAUAUUUUGAAGUGGUUAGGUAAAGCUAGCGUUGGGGUUAACGGAAUGUGGAAUGAGCAUUUUGGAAUUGGAGUUGUGGAGUAUCAAGCAGCAGGAUUAAUCAGUGUUGUUCAUGAUAGCGGUGGUCCAAAGAGAGAUAUUGUUACCAAAAUUGAUGGCUUCCAUGCAUCAACGGUGGAACAAUUUGCCGAAGGUUUCGAGAGCGCAUUGUCCCUUCCACGCGAGGAUAAAAUAGCGAUGAGGUUGAGGGCGAGAAAGUCAGCGCAAAGGUUUACAGAAGCCGAGUUUGCGAAGAAGUGGAUUGUGGGCGGAUGCGUCGAUGAUGCGAGUGGGUAG